AAUUUAAGAGGCCAGGAAAGCUCUUUUCACAUUGUGCUUUUUGCCGUCUUUCGCCAGUUAUCCUCUUCUUUCCCCUUUUAAUGGAGGACGGUAACAACUCUCGCCGCCUCCACCACCACGGAGCCGCCGCGGAGGGCGGCGUAGCUUCUUCCAACGGCCUCACCCUCUCCUUGCCCCUCCGGAGCGCCGCCGCCGGAGAACCAUUGGCGGCGGCGGUGGGAGCACCCGCCGAACGGGGCGGCGGCGGUGGCAGGGACGAUGUAUGGAGCCAGGUCGCCACCAUGACGCUGAUCGAAGCCUGGGGCAACCGUUACCUGGAGCUGAACCGUGGUAACCUAAAACAGAAGCACUGGAAGGAGGUGGCGGAUGCCGUUAAUACAAGGCCCGGAAGUAACAGCAAACAGCCCAAGACUGAUGUGCAGUGCAAGAAUCGCCUUGACACGCUGAAAAAGAAGUACAAGGUGGAGAAAAGCAGGAUCUUGGGUGGUGGCGCUUCAAAAUGGGCGCUUUUUAACCGAAUGGAUGACCUCAUAGGGCCCUCCCGGAAGAACCAACUCCAGCUCCAGCAGCACCACAAGCCCCUUAAUCACUACUCCCCUCCUCCUCCUCAUCCUCCUCCCCCGCUUCUGCUCACGGCAGCUACGCAUUCUCCCGACAUGCUUAUUCCCAACGCUGGGGUUAAUAAUUACAACAGUCACCAGCAGCGUAUGAACAAUACGGAGAGCCCUGAUAUGACCGAAAGCUGGGUGAAUGAUAGGAGGCAGCAGCAGACUGAUCAUGUGGUGGCGCUCAAGGAAGUGGCGAGUGCCAUCGUGAAGUUUGGGGAGGUGUAUGAGCGCAUUGAGGUAUUAAAGCAGCAGCAGAUAAUAGAUCUGGAGAAGCAGCGUAUGGAGUUUAUAAAAGACUUGGAGUUGCAAAGGAUGCAUCUUUUUAUGCAAACUCAGUUGGAGCUUGCAAAGAUCAAGCAUGGAAAGCAAGAGAACAGCACAGAAUGCCAGAAGUUGACAUUGGAGGCUUUUUUUAACAAGGUUGAAGGUCAUUUUGGAGUGUAAGAGACUUCUUGCCUUGAAGCACUAUUUGUAAGUGUGCCACAUCAAAAAUCUGCUUCGUUGUGAACUGUCUUGAAUGGUUUUAAUCAAAGGCAAACAUGAUGCCUGUGCACUGGUAGCGAGGAUGCAUAGCUCUGAAAUUCUCAUGAUUUUGACAAUUUUUCCUAAAUAUUUUCAUCCACUCUUCCUUGCCCAUUUGGGUACCAUCCAGCCCGUGGAUGCGCAAUCUUUAAAGCUAGAAACAUCACCUGCCUAUGCAAGGCAGUGAUUGAGAAUUCAAAAUGCUCCGGCCUACAGAAGUCUGUACAUUACAUUGCCUUCAUAUACAUGUCAUUUGUUAUUGCCCAAGUAUAGCUGAAUCUUCACGUUGGCACCUAAGGAAUUUGCUUUGUUGUAAUUGUAAUCCAUGGUGGUUGCUGUGACCCGAUCUUUCCAUUUUACAGAGUCUUCUCUUCUUGGUAUUUUCAGUUCACUUUCCCUGGUCUCAGCAGGACCUCGCUUAGUGGAGAGGAUGUUGUUAAAUGGGUGGACAUUGAAAACUUUGAUCCAGACUAUGAUCCAUGUGAAUUUCUGUAUUACAAAUUUAUCUUGGAGAAGAUUCAUCGUUAAGUACUUGGUUAGCAUGAAUUCGUCAUCCACUGUGCAAUAUAGAAGCUUUAUAGGUGCAACAUUCUGUGUAAAAGAUUAUUCAUGAAAAUUGGAAGCUCAUUGUACUAUACGUGAUAGUAGUUAUGCACUGUGCCAUGCGCUAGCCAUUAGGCCAAGCCUUUUUGGUAAGGCUUAUGCAAAUAAUGUAUCAUUCUCGAGGCUUUCUAUUCUGUCAGCAAGAAGAGUUUUUCAUCUCAUCUAAAAAAUGGCUUUCAUAUCCCGAUUGGAGGCAGUAAAUGGUAUUUUUGAACUCUUCCAGGAGACAACUUUCCUGUGUUGAUAAGACUUAAAAGGCUGUGAGAUGAUAAUUCUAGCAAAGCUGUAUGAUGAAGUCGGGAGCAACAAGAUAAGAAGUCUAGAUGUUCUGAUUUUUGUAAUGCUAAUCUGUAAGUCCUCUUUCAUGGCAUGUGGAUUAUGUAUUAUAAAAUUUUCACAUCCUUGAUCGAAUCAUGAAGUGACUAAUGAAUUUUUUUUGUCA